CAGAAAGCACAGAGUUUAUUCAAUCGUCGCAUCGAUUAUCAACCAUGAAGUUCUUCUGCGUUGUUUUCUUGGCUAUUAUUGCCGCUGCCGUGGCCAACCCACAUGGACACAGAUAUGGUGGUGGUAGAGGCGGCUAUGGAGGUGGUCCAGGCUAUGGUGGUGGUCCAGGCUAUGGUGGUGGUCCAGGCUAUGGAGGUGGUCCAGGCUAUGGAGGAGUUGGUGGCGGACCAGGUUUCGGUGGCGGACCAGGUUUCGGUGGCGGACCAGGUUUCGGCGGCGGCGGCCAACAAAAUGCACAAUCUACAGCUACAGCUUCAGCCUCCUCAGGAAGCCAAAAUAUUGGCGGACCAUAUCCUGGCCAACAGCAAACUUAUUCCAACGCUAAUGCACAAUCAGGAAGCUCAACAUCAACAGGAUUGGGACCACACGGAAAGUAAUAGACAAUAUGAGCAGACAUGAAAAUCAUCGGAAUUUUGAAUAAAUGAAUAAAAAUACGAUGAUCACUAAGAAAA